UGAUCGCACAGUUACUACAGCAGCAAUGGCACAAAAGUUCGAAGUAACCGAGAACCAAUGGGCAGCUAUAGAAACUAUAGUUAAAUUACUUAAGCCUCUACAAGUAAUUACAACUGUAUUUUGUGGUGAAAAGUAUUGUUCAAUUUCAAUGGUCAGGCCUCUCCUUAACAUUGUUAUAGAAAAGCAUUUACAGCCUCAGAUAAAUGACGAUGAAAUUGCUCAAAAUUUCAAAUACAUUGUAAUACAAGAAUUAAAAGACCGUUUCAAGUUAAACUGGAAUCCUUCUAGUGUUGUGUCUGCUCGACAAAUUGCAUCUUUUCUCGACCCAAGAUACAAAGAUUUAGAACACGAGGCAGCAGAUGCAAGAGAAGAAAUUCGAACCCGAGUCAAGAGUUUGUUAGAUGAUAUAAGUGAACAUAAUGACGAUAUGCAAAUUCAAACAUCUGAGACAAAAAAUAGCUUCGGGGGACUUGCGUUUCUAUACGGUGAUAAGGGCAACUGUAAUACAGAUGAUUCUACAGUUCAAUUUCAAAAUUACUUGGCAGAACCACAAUUACGGUUUGAUUUUGAUGCAUUGGAAUGGUGGAAGACGCGUGCAACGAAGUAUCCAUUAAUGGUUGUUUUAGCUGUUAAGUAUUUAGGGAUACCAGCAACGUCAGUAAGUUCCGAACGGUGUUUCUCGACUGCUGGAAACAUUGUGACGGCUAAGAGAAGUUGUUUGGCGCCCGAAACGGUAAAUAUGUUGGUUUUCCUUUAUCAAAACAAACAAUUAUUGUAAGGAGAUCAAGGGUGAUUUGUUGUUGGUUUAUUAUUUAUUUAUUAUUCAUAACAUUUUAGGAAUAAAUACUUACCAAUAUACCUCUAUACAUUAUUAAUAUUAUUGAUA